AUGGCUUACGACAUGCAGCAUAACUAUCAGAAUGCCCUCAAACUACUUGAGGCGCAACGCCGAAAAGCUCGACCAAACGCUCCGGCACAGAUCCCAGCGUCACAGGGUGCAGCAACCCCUAGCGGGAAACAAACAACGAGAGGUGUUCCCAGUUUGGUCGGUAUGGAUGAGUGGUUGUGCGCUUUAGGACACUCAGACGUUGAUAUCGACGGGCUGAACAUAAUUCAUAUCGCUGGGACAAAAGGCAAAGGUAGUACCUGCGCUUUCACUAGCUAUUUUCUUCGUUCGCACGGUUUGCGAACGGGAUUCCCGAAGCAGAUCGGGCUAUAUACCUCCCCCGAUUUACAAUGUAUCAGGGAGAGAAUACAGAUCAAUAACCAACCAAUAACGGAAGAUAUUUUCACGCAAUACUUCUUCGAAGUUUGGGAACGCCUUUCCCACGCAGAGCUUAAAAGACAGCCCCGUUAUCUCCAGCUUCUGACUUUAUUGGCUUUUCAUACUUUCAUUAGGGAAGGUGUCGACGCAGCAAUUUUCGAGACACACCAUGGCGGAGAAUAUGAUGCUACGAAUGUGAUGCGGAAGCCUAUUGUGACGGGGAUCACAUCUCUCGGGAUAGACCACAUUGAGCAGCUUGGGCCCACAAUUGAAGAUAUUGCGUGGCAUAAAGCUGGAAUUUUCAAACCUACGGUACCUACAUUCUCUGUACCACAGUCAUUUGGUACUGUUAAGAUCCUAUACGACCGUGCCGCAGAAAAAGAGACGAAUUUAACGUUUAUUCCGAUCAAUGGCUCCCUCCCUAUCAACAACAGGGUCCUAAGUGUCCCAGUUCAGCGAUUAAACUGCUCACUAGCCCUUGAGCUUGCUAGGUCCUUUUUACGCAUUCAGGUACCUAAUCAGAUCAUGACUUCCGAUGAUAUCUCGAGUGGUAUCGAAAAUUUCUCAUGGAGUGGAAGAUUUGAAGUUAUUGUAGAUGGAACAUCACAGUGGUUCUUGGAUGGGGCUCACAACACAUUGAGCCUCACACAAGCGGCGGAGUGGUUUGCCAAGAACUCAAACUCCUCAGAUACAUCAAAAUAUCGUGUUCUUAUCUUUAGCCACUUUUCAGAGGAGCGCGACGGAGUGGCCCUGGUGCAAUGUCUAGCCCAUUCCCUUUCAGAACAUAAUGCAAAACCAGACCAUGUCAUCUUUACUACAUAUCAAGAAAGAGAGGAUGGGACUACACGAAUAGACAAAACCCUGAAAGUGCCUCAAACGCCAUUUCCUGACUUCUGCGCUAUCUAUUCUUCACUUUGGCAAGAGUUUGAUCCCAUAGCUGCAGUUUCAACCAAACCAACUAUUGAAGCGGCUAUUAGGUCUGCAAAGCGACUAGGUGCCCAGCGAGGUGGAAUGGAAGUCUUCGUGACGGGAAGCUUGCAUUUGGUCGGAGGGGCACUUCACUUUUUGCGGCCGUAG